ACUUUAAUGUCAAAGAUUAAACUGAAAGGACAGAAAACUUACGUCUACUUCAGCCGUCAACGCCCCGUGUUGCCGUCAGCCCAAAACAAACCUGGUGGGAGUGCCCGACGCCAGGUGGCGCAGCAAUCGUGACAGGCUAGCCAACGCUGUCACAGAGGAAUACUUGUUUAUUUUAACGUGUUUACGUUCAGCUGGCAUCAACUACUGGUUCAUUUAUUGAAAAACUAAAACAUAAAGUUAUGUCAAUCCAACCAAACGCCGUUUUACUGGAACAACAUGUUUAUGGAGAACUGAGAAGCAGCUGUCAAGUUGCCGUUGCUAUGGUUACGAGCGCGGGAAGCUUGUGUUGUGUUCCACUGCAAACAAGAACAAGUGUUCGACAAGUGUCAAGAAGUUUUCCCCACCUCCUCUUUAAAAUUUACAGCGGAUCGGUUCACAAAGACGUCCGGGUGACAUGGUCGUGUACACCAAUGUGCUAGAGACUGCUCAAAGAAACUUUCAAUCUGGAAUAGGGAAAUCUUACAGUCCUGAAGAUGUCAGCGAGGUGUGGAAGCAAGUGGCCCAGUUCAUACGAAGUUCGCUUCUGAAGAAAAGGGCAGUGGACAUCAAGGGCCUCGGCAGGUUCACCGUGCAGGAGUACUCCAUGCCCGUGUCCUCCAUCUACGCCAUUUGGUCUCACCGCCCCGUGUUCUACUUGGACAAGCGUCUCUGCGACUCGUACCACAUCAAAUGCGUCAGACUGUACUCAUCCGACAAAAUCAGCGUUGUAUCCCCCAACCUCACGACCAUUGCCAGACUCGCCGGCCUGUCGAGGCACGCCGUGGAGGAAAUCAUCAAUGAAGUUGUGCAGGCCCUGUGCCGGCUGUGCAUGGAGCUGAAGGACCUGGAGCUGCCGCUGCCGUCGCUCGGCGUGCUGCGCAUCGUGAACCGCUACACCGACAUGCGCUUCAGCCGCGAGCUGGUCCGCGCCGUGCACCAGGACACCACGGACCCCAUGGUGAUGGCCAGCCAUCGACGGGGCACCUUCGAGGAGCGGCCGCCCAACCCCGGCAGUGCUGCGCUGGUCAGGUGGUGGGGCAGGCUGUGAGCGGAAGGAAGUCGGUGCCAAGAAAUAAAAGGCGUCCUUUUUAUUAUUUAUA